CUAAAACCGAGAGAGAUCCAUUGCCCCAAAGGUCAGCCAAUUCCAGAGACUCUGGCAAUUCUGAAGACAUGACGUCUCAAGCGCCACGACUUUGGGUCUCGGUCUCGGUCUUGGAAAGAAUAGAUGCCAAAUCCUUGUUUUCCCCACGCGUCUCUGCAUGUCAUCGACGGAUCCAUUUGAGGCCAGAACCUCCUGACGGUGGUUCCCUUUUUUCUUCACGUGUGCUCGUAAGCUGUCAGCUUGACUCUCUUAUCUUUCGAGACAAGUUGUGCAGCGCAUGUGCCCCGGAUCGUCCGGAAUUCUGAUACGGUCGCGCUGUGUUUUUCCAAUCCGUCCUACCAUGAAUGCAUGUGCAGGCGCAAUCCCAACUAUUGCUUACCCGGCUCGGUAGCGCGCCCUCCGAGCGAAUGUCCCACGACUGUUGGUAAUCUGCUGGCGUAAGCCUUUGGGGUGAAUCAGAAUAAGAGUACAAAUAGGGUUAUAGUAAGAAACAUGGCAUCCUUGAUCAACAAGGCCCGCAAGCCUAAAUUCGACCUCCAUCUCACCAUCUACGAUCUCAACAACGUCCCGCUCGUGAGCGGCACCUCCCAGAUAAAAUGGCACCUCCCACACUCCAUGCAUGGCGAACAUCGCGGCAGGACGGACAAGUGCCCCAUCGACAGCAUCAAUCACCGCGUCACAUAUGACUACAGCAAGAUCGUGCCCGUGCGCAUAUCUAUAGACAAGAACAACAGCCUGACAGACUGCCCCAUCGAGUUCGAGGUGGUACAGGAGUUCUCUUCCUCCGGCGGCAGGGAUGAGAAGAUCAACAUGGGUGUUGUAAGGCUGAAUCUCAGCGAGUAUGUGGAGGAGAGCGAGAACUUCCCGAGAAAGAGCCUCGGCAGCCGCAUGGGAGGAAGCCUCGAGCAUGCGCGGAAGGACAUACUGGGUCCGGCUCUGCAGGGCAAACGACGACUGAGCAGCGCAAGCGCAAGCGGCACGUUGAACAGCGCGGCUCUGGGAGUUGAGAAUGGGAUCGCCGAGGAGCAAGAAGCAGCCGACGAGGGCAUCAUACGGCGGUACCUCAUGCAAGAGAGUAAAAUCAACAGUACCCUGAAGCUGGGCAUUCUCAUGAUACAGAUCGACGGAGACAGGAACUACGUCGCGCCGGCCCUGAAGACCGCACCCAUGUUUGGCGGCAUCGCGGGCAUUAUGGCCGAAGGCGUCGAGCCCGUCGACGACGCUGCCGGGUCAGGAGCGGCGCCCAACGUGACGAGCCAAAACAAGUCGCGCGAGGCGAGCGAGCUGCAGGACAUGUACCGCCGGGCACUAGCAGCGUCGUGGAGCUGCCAGGCCGGCGAGCUUCCCGCGGACGAGUGCAUCGAGGACAUAUUUUCCGGGGGCGAUGGGUGGAAAGACCCAAACAACAGCCGGAGGAAGAAGAAGAACAACGACAACGACCGCCACCAGAGCCGCGGUCGCCGGGCAGAAGACCUGGGCAGCACCACGUCGUCCGGCAGCGAGGAGGCCCACGGCGGAACGCUCAAGCCCUCGGACGUGCACAGGAUGCGCGACAAGCUCUUCCACCGGCGACAGCACAGCGCGUCGUCAGAGCGGUCGCUGGCCACGGUCAAGGAGGGCCGCGGGCACUCGAGCAGCCGGCAGCGCCCGCAACGGCAGCACACCCGCGACGACCCCUUCGCGGACGAGAGCAGCCGCGUGCGGAGCGAGAGCCUGGCUUCCCUGGCGCCCACGAUGGGCAGCCUGGGCAGCGGCAGCGGCAGCGGCAGCGCGGAGCAUGGAUAUGCCGCCGGCAGGAGGGGAGGACACAAGGAGGUCAGCGAGUUCGACGUCCGGGACGACCUCGUGAGCUGGGGUCUGCCGGGCACGGUUGUCUAGGAACUCCCGUUUCGUCCCGUCUUCUCAAGACACAUUUAUACAUAUAUUAAUACGGUCCGAGCUGUAUGGAGAAGGAAAAGGGCCGGUAUCUAUAGAAGUAUUCUGCAAGGGCCUCAUCUGGCAGGUAAAUAGAGCAGGGGCGCAUAGCGAGGGCGUGAUUUUGGUUUAGUCUUGUCGGAUUCAAUGAAAGACGAUGAUUCAUUUA